AUGACAGAUGUUCAAAAUGACAUGGCCUGGAGACACCAGAUGCUAUCCGAAGUGCAGCCGCUGGACCGGCCAACUGCUUCUCCAUCAGAGUUGAAGUUCGUUUGCAGAAAUCCUUUGUCCUGGAACUACGGUGUGGAGGUCAAGCUAGCUUCAUCCAAGAGCUCGGCAUCCUCCAGCAUGCAAAGCUCAGCGAAAAGCUACAGCGCUAGCUCAAGAAGCAAGAGUUCGCUUCGAAGUAGCAGCUAUGCCUCACUCACUUCAGGACCAGCAAGGUCCAGCCUUUUAUCUAUGGAGUUGGACCAUGAGCGCAAAAUGAGAGAGGCCAUGGAGCGUGAGGUGCAAGAGUUGAAGGCCAAGCUUUCACGCAUGGAUCCUUCCAUGCUGCCUGCAGCCGGACUUGCAUCCAAGCAGGGGAAGGGGCCGAAAGUGCCAUGUUGGCAAGAUCAAGAGUCUCUGGAUGGAGGGAAAUCAAAGCCUUCCGUGCGAAGGGCCGCGAAAGACGGUUUUGAGCACAGCCAGAUACUCCAACCCUAA